CCCAAGCCUAACCUGUUCGACCAGUCUGCACUGGGAUGACAACAGUGGGUGGAUGAAUUGUGCAACAGCAGAUUGAACUGGGGAAGAGGAGGAGCAGGAGGUCAUGGAGGCAGACAGCACAGAGGACAUUGAGUCUCUCAUGGAGGACAUGGACUACAUCCCCGGCCACUUCCACCUGGACCUCAACCUCAACUGUGAUCCUGUUGGGCCUGUGAAGCUGAGACUCAGGGACACUUACCUGAAGCAGGAGAGCCUGCGAGGCGAGCUGGAGGCUGAAGCUGGAUAUCUACAGUACGCUGUCCGAAACCUGCUGGGUCUGCUGGCUUUUCACCUGGAACAGCUGGACACAGCCGAGGAAAUAUUCAGAAGCAUUUGUAAAGAAGACCCUGGUAACCUGAACGCCUGGGCCAACCUGGGCUACGUGUACGACAAGCUGAAGAGAGAGCUGGACGCGGGGGAGUGUGUGGAGAAAGUGUCCCAACUGAUGGGCUUAGAUGCCGGAGAGGCCUGUCAGGAAGAGGCCAGGCUCCUGGCGGCUCGCUGCCUGGCCGAGCAGGCCUACGCGUAUCCCUAUGAUGUGGAUCUGGAUAGUGAGGACGACCUGAGAGAGAAGCUAACGGCAGCACUGACACUUUACAACAGAGCCCUGGACUAUGGGGGACAGCUGGUACCAACAGAGGAAAAACGAAGCUGGUAUUUUAAAAUGGCAACCAUCUAUAUCAGACUGGACGACAUAGUAAAGACCAAAGAGGACUCUGAAUACUCCAGACUCUCCCAUUACAACAAGGGACUGAAGCUCCUCAAAGAAACACUUGAAUCUGAGAAAACCCGAAACAAAGCUCUUGCCUGGUGUUAUAUCGGCAUCAUGUUGGAGAGGAAGGAGGAGUUCAGCACCGUGCCCAUGUCCAUACAUGACUGUGGCUACUCAGCCUCUGAUCCUCUGUCCUGCUAUGGAACUGCAAUAAACUUGGCCAGUGAUGAUGCAUUCACCCUGAACCUCCUGGCAAAGGUCUUCUUCCUGUUGGGCAAACAUGAAAUGGCCACAGGGAUCUGCAACAUGGCCCUAAACGUGCUCCCAGACCCAGAGCUCAACUGGCAGGCCUACUGCACCCGUGCCAAGAUCAAUAUGGUGCUCUAUGUCAGGGACCUGGAACAGGCAAAACAUGGUCAUGGUGGAAUCCCAGACCGACAGAAGCUAACUGAGGCCAGAAAAGACUUGGACAAGGUCCUGACUGUGCGUCCAUGUCUGCGCACUCACCUAGAGAUGGCACAGGUGUACUACUACAUGGGUGUAGACGCACUCCAGGAGAGUCUUUUGGUGGAUGAGGCGGCAGUUAACAGUGCAUUGGUGAGUCUGUCCCAUGCCCUGCAGUUUGAACUGGGUGACAGCUUGCUGGACCUCCAUGUGCUCAGAGGACGCUGCCUCCUGAUUAAGGGUGAGGAGCAGAAUGCUGCGGAGUGCUUUAAACGUGCUGUGGAGUUAGAGAGACCACGGAGCACAGACACCACAGCCCUGCGCUGCCUCCUACAGGCCCUCCUGGCCCUGUUCAUGCAAGGGGGCCCUGACCCCAGCCUUGCCAUCACCCAGCUGGAGCUGUGGGUGCAAAAGGCAGAAGAAAGGUACUCUGGGGACAUCGUGAAGGCCGAGCUCAGGUGCCUUUACAGGACUCACACAGCAGAGGUCACGGAGUUAUCCAGGGCUCUGAUCAGGACAGGCAGGCUGGACUUAGUGAGGAGGCUACUGGAAACAGUGGUGCCCAAACAGCAGGUUAAGAAGAGAGCACUGGCAAAGUCUUUCUCCUGUAUAUGAGGCAAAUAUGGGAUUUCAUAGAUAUGCAGGCAUGUGACCAAUGCUCUCAACCUCUUGACAGCAUUUCACAUGUAAAAAUGAACAGCAGCGGUGCACUGAAAUGAAGCUGUCUUUACUGUAACUGUGUGUGUUUUCAAGCUGUGAUUCUUCUGUUAUUAACUUGUUUUUGGGUUGUUGUUGUUUUGUUUUUUUUUUUUUGAAGAACAACAUUUGAAAUAUUGGAUCUACAGAGUAACCUACAGUCACAGUGUUACAGCACAGAAAGAUAUUCCUCUUUUGUCAGUUGUGGUUUGUGAAAACAACAUUCAAAGUUGGGCCCUCCUGUCCAGCUGAGGCACACACCUCCACGGCUGCCAGUAAACAGCCCUGUGUAUCACCUGCAGCCCUCACUCUCUGCAUGCUGCUGUUGACUGGCUGCACACCCACUGCCGAAACGUUGACACAGCAAAAAAAGAAAAUAUAAGCAGAGUGUAGAUACAGACACACCACCACACACUUCUAAUGGGUCAUAAGUGAUGAUUAAGAAGGAGUAUUUUUGUAUGAGUCUAUAGAUAUUUUUGGAAAAUAUGUUCAAAUCUUUUUGUAUAAAAUAAGAUGUUCAUGACACUGAGAGCAAUACUGAAUUGAAGAGAGUGCAUUCAUGAUGAGAUGGAUAUGAUUAACGGGCCUCAUUGGCCCUGUCACAGUGGCCGUGAGUAGCCCUCAAAUGAGUAUUUUUUAUUUCUUCUUAAUAUUUGUGGAUAUUAUUUAAUAUAAUGUGAAACUACCUCUCUAUGAGUGGGACAUUGUAACGCUCUACCACUGAUGGCCAGCAGGUGGGGUGCACACCAUUAAAAUGCUCCCUGGUUAAUGAAAGGUUCUGUUUUUUGGGGUUAAAAAAAGAUUAAACCACAAGUGGCUGAGAAUAAAAGACUAUUUUUUGAAACAUU